GCAGGUGUGUAGGCGCGGGAUAAACCCUAAUUUACAAAGGCAAUAAAAACCCUGCUUGGCCACUCUCCACCAAACACAGAGAGCUGCAACGGCUCCUUAUGCUCGAUUUCCACACCAAAAACCUUAAUAAUACUGAAACUGGUACGUCCUCUAGAUCCCUAUUUGCAUUCAAGCCUCGCCAAGUUCUCCUCGCUGAGCAUAAUUCAAGAAGCAAGAUGAAUAAUGUUGCUUUGAAGGAGGAAAAUAAGAGCAAAAUCACAUCUUUAACAUCUGAAUUGAGAGGAAGUCUUCACAACUCCAUACUUCAUUACCUUCAUCGCCACGGGUUCUCCAAAACCUUCAAACGAUUUCAAUCAGAAGCUGAAGUCCAGAGUGAUACCUGGAAGGCUUCUUCCCUUUGUUUGGAGGACAUAUUCUGCAAAUAUAAUGCCUGCAAUGGUGAUGGUAAUUUGAACACCAGCAAGAAACCAGGAAAUGAUGAGGGUAUCACCAAGAAGAAGAAGCAAAAGGGUGCCGUUGAGAGUGACAGUGGUGCUAUUGAAGAUCAAUCCAAUGUCACUAAUAAGAAGAUAACUGAAUCUGGUAAGAAUUGUGGUCAAUUAUCAGAAGACAUUAUGGUCAAUGAACUAGAAACAAAACCAAAGAAGAAAAAAACCAAACAUGAUUUGGAUUCUUCUGGUCAAGCUGAAGAAGUGAAAUCUGAUGUACUGAAGAAGCCCAUAGAUGAUACAAUAAAUGUACUGGAGAUGGAUGAUUCGACUAAGAAAACCAAGGACAAGAAGAAAAAAGGUAUUCAACAAGAUAAAUUAGAGCGAUCUACUACUAAUGAUAAUGAAUUAGUAGCAGAAGUUGCACAAAAAGAGAGGAAAAAGAAGAAAAAGAAAUCGAGCACUGAUUCUGCUGUUGAAGACAACCAAGUAAACCCAGUGAGAACAGACACUGAAAAUGAAACUACUCAGCCUGAUGAGUCUAGAAAAGAGAAAAUGAGUUCUAAGAAAAGAAAAAGAUCAUUAUCUGAUGAAAAUGAUAAUCCAUCUACUGAGAUUACAAUUACUGAAGAGUCCAAGCGCCAAAAGACCGAAACUUCCAAAGGAGAAAAGAGCAAAAAGGAAGGUAGCAAGGUCGAUGAAAUAAAUGCACAAGAAACAUCUAAUGAACUGCAUGAUGGACAGGCAAAUGGGAAACUUGAAACUAAUGGAGGAGAAAAGUCAGGUGCCCAGAAAUCCACAAAAAAACAUUGUAAAGAUUCAGCUGAGCCAAAGACAGUAAAUGCAUUUCAAAGGGUGAAAAUUGAUGAAGUGGAAUUUGCUCACCAGAAAUUGCAAGAUAAUUCUUAUUGGGCAAAGGAUGGCGCAGAUAUCGGUUAUGGUGCUAAAGCACAAGAAGUUCUAGGUCAAGUGAGGGGGAGGGACUUUCGGCAUGAGAAGACAAAGAAGAAGCGUGGAAGCUAUAGAGGAGGUCUAAUUGAUCAACAAUCGCAUUCCAUAAAGUUCAAUUAUUCGGAUGAAGAGUGAUUCUAAAGAACCGGUAAGGCCCGUGGCUCUCGUUUUUGAUCGGUUAUUUGUAUGAACCAAAUAUCAAAAAGUCUGAACUUUGUUCCCAUUAUCACAAGUUCCUUGAGGAUUCUUUUCCUCAACUUACUUGACUUCAUUUCAAGUUCUUGCAUUAUUGUUGCUGAAUCCCAGCAAAGUCUUGUUGUUUUUUAGUUUAUAAUACUUACAUAUGGAAAAAUACUCAAGCACACUGUUCAUUUUUGAUGAGAUUUAAACCAGAUGAAUUGUACUGGUAACCCUUUGAUAAAGUCAUGUUGCUUGUUGGAUUC